UCACAGAAAAUAAACAAACAAAAGAGGCAAAUGAAAAAAAAACCUUUAUUAAUCGAUUGAUAAUAAAUCUAUGCCAGCAAAGAUAAAAUCAUUUUUUUCACACAAAUAAGGACACGAACAUCGCGUGACGUCCGAUUUGCACGAGAAUCAUAAUAAACGAAGUGACAAUAAUCCUUUCAAUAAUUUAAAAAUUCAGUCUCGUAUGGUCUUUUUCCGCUAUCGGAUAGAAAUUUUCUCAUUUUCUAGUAGUUGUUGAUUCGUAAAGAAGCAUUAAAAUUACUUAAUCGACAGAUGAAAAAAAUGGUGUUGGUUGUGCAAUUGAAGAUACUUCCUUUUCUUCUUUCUCUACCGAAGAUCGCAAGUUCUUACGAAUUUCAUUCUAUCGACGACGAACAAACUGCUUUCAUCAUAGAUAUUUGCAAAUUAUAUAGACCGAAAUCUGUAAUAUUUUUAAACGCCGAAACGAUAAGAGAAAUGGAAAUGACAACGAUAAUGUUAAAAUGGAGGCAUGCACUUUCUCGAGAAGGUAUACCAACUGCGAAUUUGAAAUUUUCUGAACUGCACAAAUCGUUGAAGUACUUAAAACAAAUUGUACGACCAUAUUACGUAGCAGUGAUCUCGAAUCACAACGCGAUUAAUGAGUUCUCUUUAGCAACGAGUACUUUUGAUAUGUCUUCAGCUGUGUGGAUAGUGGUAUUCAUUUACAAGGAACAUUUUUUCGAUUAUUGUCACAAUCCACCAGGUAAUAUAUUUCAUUUGACAUUCAAUUCAGAAAUGUUGGUCCGUUGUGGUACGGAAAAUAUUAUACGGGAAUGGUAUUCGAUCGAUACGAACCAAAUCGAGAUCAAGGAUGUAGCAACUUGGAGCUUAGAUAAAGGAAUCACUAAAAUAGUAUCAGAUUUUCUUUACGAAAGAAGAUCUAAUUUACAGGGUUUAAUCAUGAGAGCUGUUAUAGUUAAGGAUUCACCAUACAUAAUUAAAAAUAAAAAUGGCGAAAUAGACGGUAUGUUCGGUAAAAUAUUAAGAGAACUUUGUGAUACUCUGAAUUUUAGUUUCAACAUUGUCUCAGAAGUAAAAGAAUAUGGAAGAUGGAAUCCAGAUGAAAAGACAUGGUCUGGAGGAAUGGCAGAAUUAUAUACUGGACGUGCUGACAUUUGUAUUUCAGAUUUUAUAAUUAACAAUGAUAGAUUGAAUGCUGUUGAUUACACGAUUCCUCUUUUGACCUCGAAAAACAUUCUCGUUAUUCGACAACCAGAAAAUUUAGCGAUUCAAUGGUCGUCUCACUUUUUAACUUUUACUCUUUCUGUUUGGAUUGCUGUGUUGGGAGUAUUAAUUGCUUCAGCCAUCUUCCUAGUCUUACUCAAAAUAAAAAGUGGAUCCGAUAACAAAAUAGGAUACUUACUGAUCGAUAAUUUACUGGAAAUUUGGGGUAUAUUUUGCCAGCAAGGACUUCCUAAUUUUCCUCAUAAAUCUUCCUUACGAAUAGUAUACUUUUCAAUAUUUCUUUCGAUUAUCGUAUUUUGGGCCGCCUAUUCAGCUGCUUUAAUAAGCUUUUUGACGUCUGUAAAUUACGUUUUACCAUUUGAUUCAUUAGAAGGCUUCGUUGCAGACGGUACAUAUCAACUUGCUAUUCCUCGCGGUACUGCUUAUUAUGAUAGGUUUGCAAAUUCGAAACAUCCAUUUGCAAGAAAGAUAAUGAAGUUGAUGCUAAAAGAUGAAGAAUUACCCAUUUCAGAAUAUGAAGGAUUUAAAAGAAUUUGUAAAAAUCGAAAGCUAGCACUCUACACGACUGACCAAGUAAACAAUAUAGAAAAUUUAAAAAUACCAUGCAAUGUUGUUGCUAUAGAAAUAGGAUAUAUAAGCAAUUUUGCUAUGAUUUUAUCUAAAUACAAUCCAUUCACCGACGUCAUUAAUUUCCAGUUGCAGAAAUUUAUCGACAAUGGUAUGAUGAAUCGGUUAAAGGAUACGUCAUUUCAAAUGAAAUCCAAUCUUAUGAUCAAACAUCAACCGGUUCCCCUAAUCAGCGUUAUCUCUCUUAUUCUCUUCUUCUCAAUUGGUAUCUUUUCGAGUAUUUGUAUUCUAAUCAUAGAAAAGUGUAUUUUCGUUCGUAAAGAAAAGAAUAUUUCCAUGAAAGAUCGCAUCCUAUCUAUUAAGUCCUCAGUAUUUUAUGUAAAGAGGAAGAAAAGUAUUAGAAAUUUUGCAGUAAAUUACGCAGAUCGGAAAUGUGCACGCAUACGGUUUACAUCUAACAACUAUAAUGUUCACUCUGAUGGAUUUUUAUAUCCUGACUAUAAUUUUCUAAUAUAAUAGGAAUACAUUUAUGUAUAUUUAAGGUUCUCAUUACUUAAUACAUUUCGAAAUUGAAGCAGAACUUUCUGAUUAUUUUUUAUCAUCUGUUAUGUAUGAAUCGUUAUUAAGCAGUAUACAUAAUUGAAUUUCUUUUACUCAAAAUUUUCAAUAAACUUAAUUUUCUAUUUAACAGAAGUCAAUUUGAUUGUACAAGCGUGUCAAAUUUCCAAUAGUAGCAAUCUCAAUAAAUGAACUCGUAGCACACAUACAUAUGUAGACGCAGAUUUAUUUCAGUAUAUAUUAUAUAUAUAUUAUAUAUUUGUAUAUAUUAUAUAUGCAUAUUAUACAUUAACAAUAUAUAAUUAUAUAUUAACUAUAUAUAAACAUUCUUAAUCACUAUAAAUAAUCUUUAACGAUAAGUUCGCGAUCGCGCUUGAGGAUUAACUAGAAUAUAUUGUUUACAUAUAUUUAUAAGAGGGUAGCUUGGAAUGUAAUAACCGAAUCGAAAUUAUGAAGGUACAAAUGCAUCAAUCUAAAGAUUUGAUUGUUUGUCACUUUAGUAUAUAAUAUAUAUUCAGCUACGUAUCAAUAUAAUUCCUUCUAUUGUCUAAAGAAUUAUGGUCUCAGCAGUGAAAUUUUUAUAUACUUUCCUCAUACACUUCUGCAGUAAUUUUAUUUAUCUAUUAUUGAUGCACAAUAGUCUAUAUCAUCGAUUUGUUCCCUUUUAAUAUUUGUUAGAAUAAGUUUGAAAAUUCUCAGAAAGUUACAGGUCCAAAUAUAAUUGAUUCAACAUUUAAAGUUCAAAUGAAAUAUUAAGCAGUGGUUACCACAUUUAACGAUAACCCUUAUCAAUUACUUUCAAGAUAUAACAAUUCAUCAAUCUUUUUUUGAUAAUAAGAAGAAGACUGCAAUACGAAGAGGUGAAGUAAGCAAAAACAUUUCUAUCGAAAAAGUAAUAUUACAAAACAGUAAACAUGGCUAUAUUAUGAAAAAGAAUAUCUUCGAAUUGAACUAGAGGGAAAUAAGUCAACAGUAAAUUGUUCGAUCAAUGCACAGAAGAUACUAUGGCCGGUUAAAAGUAUUCAAAGAAAAUCCAUGACGUACGAUUUUUAUGAAUGCUACUAGGGAAAUGAUAUUCCGUCAUCAUGGAAUAAUCCAAUAUCAUUUGUUUCAUAUGGCAAUGAAAAUUAUAAGCCUAAAAAAUUGCGAUUCUCUUAUAAUCUAUCUCCAAUAGAUCCAUUAAAAAUUCUAAUAUUACAUGAUACUAAAUUACAUCAAAAGAGAACAUCAACUGUUUUGUAAAAUGUAAUUUUAUCUUCCUUAAUUUAGAUUGGUACUGAACCGAAUGAAAGGAGACCUUUUCGUUAAGGUAACCUAUGAUGACCUUAACACUAAGAGCCAAUGAAGUCGGUUUGACCCAUUAAUUUUAAAACUAUAUAAAUUUAAGAAUUUUAAAAUUAUAUAAAUUUAAGAUUAUAUAAAUUUUAAUUAUAUAAAUAAAAAAAUUUUUUAAUUAUAUAAAUUUAAGAAUAACUGAUUAAUGACAACGUAUUUAUCUGUAUAAUAUAUUUUAACAAACUUGUAAACGUACUAACUUUGCUGCAAUAGAAAAAGAUUAAUCCAUUCAGGAAAUAUCGAGAGUUCGUUUGUUUCAAACUGAUAGAAUUCCAGUAUCACUAUUGUCACCAUGUACACAUUUCAAAAAGCAUUUGAAAUAAAUGGUAUUUUUGGCUAUCCUUAUAUAUUUAGGCAUCACAUUCGAUUAUGUCGCUCUCAAUUCAAAAUUCAUUUUUGUAGCUCAUGCCUUCUUAGUUCAAUGUUAUACGUUAAUCUUUUUUUGACUUUGUUCGUUAUUUGAUCAUUCCAUCCAAUUAACUCAACCAUGCCACGCUCGAUUUUAAUUGCGCGACGUCAUUUUCGGGUAGAUCCAUAGAAAUAACGUGUAUGGGUUGAUUUACCUAUAAAUUCAACACACAAAAUAGUUUCACAAUUUCUACCAUAAAAUUUAUUGUAGUUGCAUUUCUUAACGUAAAACUUUCUUAAUUUAAACAUAAGCUUAUUAACGUCGGCUGAAUUUCGUUUGUUACAAAUUAUAUUAAAAGGUAAUAUAUUUCAUUUAAAAUUCAACUACGAAAUGAUAGUCCGUUGUGGAACGGAAAAUAUUAUACAAGAAUGGUACUCGAUCGAUACGAAUCAAAUGGAGAUCAGCUACUUGGAGUUUAGAGAGAGGAAUCACUAAAAUAGUUUCGGAUUUCCAUUAUGAAAGAAGAUAUAAUUCAUAGGGUUUAAUCAUAAGAGCUAUUAGAGUUAAGACCUCACUAUUAUCAAAUAUAAACAAGGAUGGCGAAUUAGACGGAAUAUUCGGUAGAAUAUUGAGAAAACUUUGUCAAACUGAAUUUUAGUUUCAUUGUUGUCUCAGUAGUAAAAGAAUAUGGAAAGUGUAAUGCAGAAGAAAAGACUUGGUCUGGAGGAAUUACGGAAUUAUAUGCUGGACGUGCUGACAUUUCUGUUUCAAAUUUUAUUAUUAGUAAUGACAAAAAUAAUGCCGUCGAUUUCACGCAUCCUGUUUUCAAGUACAAGAAUAUUCUCGUUAUUCGAGAACCAACAAAUUUAGCGAUUCAAUGGUCAACUCAUCUUUUAACAUUUACUCAUUCCGUUUGGACUGCUGUGUUUGGAAUAUUAAUUGUUUCAUCGAUCUUCCUGGUUUUAUGCAAAAUAAAAAGUGGAAUCAAUCGAAAAAUAGGAUAUUUAUUGAUCAAUAAUUGCUUGGAGAUUUGGAGUAUAUUUUCCCGACUGGGACUUUCUGGUUGUCUCAAUGUUUCUUGAUACGGUACUUGUCAACUUCCGUCUUUCGUGGUACAAUUUUUUAUAAUAAGUUCACAUUAUAGGUUUGCGAGAAUAAGAAACGCACUCUAUAUGAGUGACCAGUUCAGUUGUAGAAAAUUUGAAAAGGUCAUGCAACAUGGUUCGUAUUGAAAUAAGAUAUGUAAAAAAUUUAUUGAUUUUAUCUAAACACAAUCUAUUUACUGACCUCAUCAAUUUUCAAUAAAAAUACAAAAAUAUAAUAAUAUAAAUUUUUAUUUAUCGUAUG